AUGGAUAAAGAAGUUGAUUGUAAGUUGUCCGUUUUCUCACAAAAGGCACGACCAUUUGGAGCUAUAAAAUAUUGUGAGCCCCCAAGGGACGAGUUAGAUUUGGCUCAUUGGUAUAUUUUGAGCAAUUGUGAAGAAGUGGAACAAUUUCACCAAAUGCACAAAGAGAUACUCGAGCAAGAGAGUAUAUUGAAUUUAGAAGACAGGCACAAAAAGCAAUUUCCAGAGUGGUUUAAACAUCAUAUGGCGCAAAAGAAAUCACAUAAUCCACAAGAUAAUGUAGAUGAAUUGUAUGCAUUAGCAUGUGGACCUAGUAUGAUUGUGAACAAGUAUCCGGGUUGUAUUGUAAAUGGAGUAAGAUUCCAUACUAAGGAGCGUGAUAGUCGUCGUACAACACAAAAUAGUGGUGUAAUGGUUGAAGGUAACCAUAAUGACAUUAUGAUCGAGUUUUACGGCAUCGUCAUUGAAAUAAUUGAGCUAGACUAUAUCAAAGACAAUCAUGUUAUUCUUUUUAAGGCACAAUGGUUUAAUCUUGGUAACAAGAAAUCUAUUAUACAUGAUGGGAAAACCACUAGCAUCAAUAUCAGUCGUACAUGGUAUGAGGAUGACCCAUUUAUACUUGCAUGUCAAACAAAGCAAGUAUUCUACCUUGAUGAUAUGAAAUUGGGCAAAGAUUGGAGAAUAGUAAUAAAAUUUCAACAUCGCCACGUGUUCGACUCUUUAGAGAUAAAUGAUGGAGAUAUUAGGGAGGACGAUAAUGUCUACCAAGAAGAUGAAUCUUCACAACUUGAUACAUCCGUUCAAGAUGAUUUAGGAGAGUUAAUAUCUCUGGAGAGAAAUGAUGUUGAUCCGGUCGUUGUUGGGGUUGAUACAAUUCAAGGUUUGGAAAAUGAAAUUGAAGAUUUCAACGCAGUUCAAGAUGAUGCUUCUGAAGAAGAUGAUACAUUGGAUAAUUAUUGUAACGUAGAGGAAGAAUUUCAAAUCACCGAUGAUGAUAGUGACUUGGAAUGACUUAUAACUAAAAAAUUAGAUCCUUUACAGUACCUUGUCAUUUGCUGGUAAGUUUUUUUUUUUUUUUUUUUUUUUUU